AUGGCCAAGAAAGCUAGCAAAAGUCCACCAGUAGUGCCAGAACCGGCGAGUUCGGCAACUACUGGCAAUAAGAAGGGCAGAAAGGGCAGAAGAGAAGAAACUGAAGAAAUGAAGCAAACUAGACUUCUUAACCGGGCUAAAGUCACAUCCACGUCUAGUUGGACAGGAAAACUGCCGCAAACCUUGUUGCAUGAAUUCUGUCAAAAACGGAAGUGGAACAGGGUCGAGUAUGACAUGAAAAAAGCGGGUAAUGAUGGUAUGAUCUCAACGGCCAUUUUAUCGCAUACCGAUCCCAAGACUAAUGAGGCAUUGGUGGUGAAAAUGUAUGAUCCAGCCUUUGAUAGAGCUACUGGGAAGGGACUCCUGAAACCACAGGAAACGGCCAUGGAAGCACGUCAUUUUGCCGCCACCGUAGCUCUGUACAGACUCGCCUCGAUGUCCAACAUGCAAAUGAUGCUGCCACCGAACCAUAAAUCCCUCUGGUACGAAUUGGACGAUUUUAGAAAGAAGCUUGUCAAGCAAGACAAGGCACAAGCGGAAAGACUCUUCGAUCCAGAACCUUUCAAAAGGUUGCUUUUGGAAAGAAAAUCGAAGGACCUUAAGAGCAAAGAGCGCGACGCUAAACAGCAGCAAGCACAAAAGACUAGGCAGGCUCCCACGCUUAUCACUUCGUUGUCAUCCACAGAAGAUCAGAUCCCACAAGAUGGGAAACGUAAACAUGAAAGACGAGAAGUUGAGCCAUUCGACAGAAAAGUCAUCAGAUUUCCGCAAAAGGUAUGGGAUACAGCCACCUUCAUUGACCUGAGAGAAUCUUCUCGCGCCGAGAUGGAGAAUUCAUUGAAGACUCAUGUCGAUUGGAGCGCCAAAAAAUGGGUGGGCGAAUUCAGCACAGAAAGGAAGAAACUGCAAGAAAGGCUCAUUCACUUGGGGUUCAGAAAACCUCAUGUUCUAGAGUCUCUUAACUACAAAGAUCCCUUAUCGUUCCUCUUGUUGAAUUUGCCAGAGGAUGAUUUACCGCCAUUUUUCCAUAAACGUCAGCAAGAUACUAAAAUGAAAGUUGAGAUCUCCUCUUUACCUUUGAGAGUUCAAAACAUGAUCAACCGUCUUAUGGAAGGUGGAGCCUCGUACGAUGAAGUGUUAUAUGCUUUAGAAUUCACUGAUAACUGCGAAAAUGAAGCGGCGGGCAAGCUUACCGAGAAGCUCUUGGCCGUCCCCAUAAAACCCGUUUCAGAGAUUUCUGAAGCAGAGUCGGAUGAGUUGUGGAUCCAAGAGCUUGAAAGCUUGCAAAGCAUCUUCGGAGACGAGAGUAUUGAGAUUUUGAAUGACGAUAAGAGUUGUUAUGCAAUGGAUUUGAUAGACAAGUUCAAACUUAAACUAAAAGUGUACAAAACGAAGCGCUAUCCCAAUGCUUUUCCUGGGUUGAUAGUGUCUACGUUCAGUAAAGAUUUCAAACUGCCGAAUUACAUCAAGCAGAACAUCUUGACUGAAACUUUAAACUAUGUGACAGAGUCGAGCCUAUUGGGAGACAUGCUGAUCUACCACAUCUAUGAGUGGCUCAGAGAGAACAUUGCAACUAUCAUAGAAAGCCCUGGGUUACUGUUACCGGAUAGUGAGACAACAGCUGCCAGAAAAGCAGUCGAAGAGAGUGGGAAAGGUCCUGCGUUCCGGAAAAGAAGUUCGAAGCUUGGGAAUUUGAACACCGACGAGAUAAAGAUUUUGAACUCCGAAUACAAGUCAAGAAUAGCGACGCCUGAAUUUGCCUCUAUGAAAAAACAGCGCUCUCAAUUACCUGCUUGGAAAAUUCAAGAGAGUAUCGUUGAGAUGAUAGAUAAAAAUGAUGUGGUGCUAAUUACAGGUGAGACCGGCUCCGGUAAGUCGACCCAGAUUGUUCAAUUCGUUUUCGAUCAACUGAUCGCUCAAAAGGGAAAACUCGGGAAAGUUAAGAUAAUCUGCACACAGCCCAGGAGAAUUUCAGCCAUCGGAUUGGCAGAACGGGUUUCUGAGGAAAGAUGCUCUCCGUGUGGUGAUGAAGUAGGAUAUCUCAUUCGUGGUGUGAACAAAACCAAACCCUCAACAAGUAUAAGAUUUAUGACAACUGGUGUCUUGGUCAAAAUUUUGCAGGGAAACAAAGACUAUCUUUCAAACACCGUGGUUUUCAUCGAUGAGGUUCAUGAAAGGUCCGUGGAUACCGAUCUUAUUGUCAUUUUAUUGAAGAAUUUGCGAGGGAAAGUACCAGGGUUGAGAAUUGUGCUCAUGAGCGCAACAGUCAACGUUGAAGUUUUCACAAAUUAUUUCCGCGAGUUGAAGAGCUGUCACAUCGAGGGUAGGACUUUUCCGAUCAAGGACUUUUUCUUGGAAGAUGUUCUCGAAACACUCGAUUACAAAAUCAAGCGCAGAAAUAUAUCCUACGAAGAUAAUGAAAGUGGGCAAGGUGAAUAUUUGAAGCCAAGUGCGGAUUCCAAGUUCUUCCAAUCUGGUCAGAUCGACUACAGUUUAAUCGCAUCUUUGGUAUCCCAUAUUGAUGCGAAGCUGAAGGCAGAAAAUAGCAAUGGAUCUAUCGUCGUAUUUCUUCCUGGUGUUGGCGAAAUCAAUAACUGCUGCAGGAUCUUAAAGCAAUCAGAAAGCGCUAGUAAUCUGGUGGUCUUGCCAUUACAUUCUGCCUUGCUUCCGGCUGAUCAGAAAAACGUUUUUAAACGGUUUGCAGGGAAGCGAAAAAUAGUGGUUUCUACCAACAUAGCUGAAACUUCCAUCACCAUUGAUGACUGUGUGGCGACUAUUGAUUCUGGGAGAGUAAAGUCUAUGUUUUACAAUGCGCAAGAAAACACAACAAGAUUAGUCGAGUGUUUUGUGUCGAAAGCGGAAGCGAAACAGCGGAGGGGUAGAGCAGGUAGAGUUAGAGCAGGGUUUUCCUAUAAACUAUUUUCCAAGACCAGAUUCGCAGAAAUGUCAGAACAACCGGUGGCAGAGAUUAAGCGUGUUAGUUUGGAGUCUCUAUACCUAUCAGUGAAGUCGAUGGGUAUCAAGGACGUGAUCGCGUUUUUGAGUAAAGGUUUGGAUCCUCCUCCGGCGGAAUCGUUACAAAAAUCGGAACGACUUCUGACGGCGGCCGGCUUACUUGGCGAGGACGAUAACCGUCUUACGGAAUUGGGUCAAUACAUUAGCUUAAUGCCUCUCAUGGAUUAUAAGCAUGGCAAAAUGCUGAUUUACUCCAUUAUCUUUGGGUGCGCAGAUGUGGGAGUGAACAUAGCAGCCAUUUUGAGUUGCAGUGGUUCUCCUUUCGCCGUCACGCAAGAAAACAGAGAUGCCAUCAAGAACCUGUGCCAGAGCUACAGUAAUGCUGGCGAUCUUUUGGCGUAUCUGGAGGUUGUACGCCAAUAUCUAGCAAUUGAUGAUUCCGCGUCUCGCAGGAAAUUCAUGAGCCAAAACUUUCUUUCAUACAACAAGAUGAAUGAAAUAAAUUCAUCUAGGUCCCAACUGCUGAGCAUUUUGAGUGACAUUGGGUUUCUGCCCCAUAACUACGAUCUAAAAAAGUCCAGCUAUUUGAACCGCAAUGCGAAUAACUUGGAGAUUAUCAAAGCCAUCUUGACAGGUGCAUUUUAUCCUCAAGUGGCUAGAGUCCAGCUACCAGACCAAAAAUUUGUUAGUACCAGUUCUGGUGCCAUAGAAAAAGAUCCCGAGGCGAAGAUGAUCCGGUAUUGGAUUCGAAAUGAGAAAUACAUUGAUCAUCUGUAUGGUCUGGAUCGUGAAUCAGAAGUUGAAAAUACCAAUCUACCUGCAACAAGAGCGUUUUUGCAUCCAAGCUCUGUUUUUUUCUCCACGAAAACUGAUCUGCCUGUUGAAGCUGCUGCUUUGGACGCAUCAUCUGCGAAAGCGGUGGCUAACGGUCAAAAUUACCUCAAAGCUCCAUUUAUCAUCUACAAUAGCUCUCACUCGAGCAACAAGCUAUACUUACGCGAGAUCACGCCAACUUCUACUCUGGCGCUGCUACUUUUUGGUGGCUCUAUCAAGUACGAAUUACAAGCAAGCGUCCAUUCUCCGGGGCUAGUGGUCGACAAUUGGCUGCCGAUACGUACUUGGUGCAAAAAUGGUGUGCUGAUUAAGGAACUUAGAGGUUUAUUGGACAGUGUUAUAAGCCAAAAACUGGGUAGUCCCGGUCACACAUCUCAUGGCGGCGACGACAUUUUGGCAGUCGUCGAGAACAUUAUUAAGACAGAAAAUGCAUAG